AACCACGGACGUAACAAGAAGGGCCGCGGCCACGUGAAGCGCGUGCACUGCGUGUCCACGGCCAAGCUCAUCCCCAAGGACAAGGCCAUCAAGCGCUUCGUCGUGCGCAACAUCGUGGACCAGUCGGCCAUCCGUGAUCUGAAGGAGGCUUCGGUGUACGAGUCGUACGCUCUGCCCAAGAUCUACAUCAAGAACUACUACUGCGUGGAAGCCGCCAUCCACCAGCGCAUUGUGCGUGGUCGCUCGGUGGAGGCCCGUAAAAGCCGUGCCCCGCCCCCGCGU